AUGGCCGCCCUCUUUGCUUCACGUGGCAUCAAGUGCACCAUACUCACCACUCCCGUAAACACCACCGUUCUCCGCUCGGCCGUUGACCAGGCCAACAACGCCUUCCGCGGCACCGACGCCCUGGCGAUCCACAUCUCCACCAUCCCAUUCCCUGAUGUCGGACUCCCGCCGGGCGUCGAGACCGUUGUAGGCAUCUCCUCAGAGGCCGACCUCCACAAGUUGCUGGAAGCGCACCACCCCGUCCCCGACGCCGUCGUGGUCGACAGCUUCUACCUGUGGGCCGCGGACGUCGCCGCCGAGCACGGCAUCCCACGGUUGUCUUUCCUUGGGAGCAGCCUGUUCGCCCGGGCCUGUAACGACUCCCUGCUGCGCAACAACCCGUUCGCGCUCGCUCCAGAUGACCCCGACGCCGUCGUGUCCCUGCCGGAGCUGCCGCACCGCGUCGCGCUGAGGCGCAGCCAGGUGAUGGACCCAAGAAAGGGUCAGUGGAAGUGGGACUACGGACCGGAGGAGCUACGGCGAGAGGCUCAUCCUCAAGCACUCCGCUGUCGGUGGGUUCGUGACGCACUGUGGAUGGAACUCGGUGCUGGAGGCCGUCAGCGCUGGGGUGCCGCUGGUGACGUGGCCUCGGCACGCUACAACGAGAAGCUCGUCGUCGAGGUGCUCAAGAUGGGGGUCGGUGUCGGUGCCGGCGACUAUGCCUCCCACCUUGAGGUCCGCCGCGAGGUGAUCAGCGGUGAGAAGAUCGCGGAAGGCAUUGACGGAGUGAUGGGUGGGAACGAAGAGGCCGAGGCGAUAAGGAAAAGGCUAUGGAGCUCCGUCGGAAGGCAUUGA